UCUCUCUCUCUUAUCAUCUUCUCUCUCUUCCUUUAAAGAUUCAACUCCUCCUGCUUUCCUCAUCAACAUCUUUUCUCUAUUUAUAUCUAGUUGUAUCAAAUCUAGUGGUAAUAUUGAAUGUUGUUGCAGACAUGGCGGUUGAGCUAAUAAGUUACAGAGACGACAGUUUUGGGUCAAACAUGGAAGAGAAUGCGGCACAAGAGGCUGCGACCGCCGGGCUUCAAAGCGUUGAGAAGCUCAUUCGAAUGCUCUCUCACCAAACCCAACAACAACAACAACAGCAACAACAAUCCUCGAACGACUCUGAAAUGGAUUACAGAGCCGUUGCAGAUGUCGCCGUGAACAAGUUCAAGAAGUUCAUUUCGUUUCUCGAUCGAACUCGAACCGGUCACGCUCGCUUCAGAAGAGGCCCUGUGACUCCUCACCAACAGCAACAGAGGACCCAUGAAACAGAGUCGGUGGAGGAAAAGCAGGGUUCGGUUCCUAGAGUUUACUGUCCGAAGCCGAUUCAGAGAUUGCCUCCUCUUCCUCACAAUCACCAAGUGAAAAACGGAUCUAUUGAUCGGAAGGAGUUAGCGAAGACGAUCAAUUUCGCGGCGGUGGCGUCGCCGCCGAAUUCGUUCAUGUCGUCUCUGACGGGAGACACCGACAGCCUGCAGCAUUCGAUGUCGUCGGCGUUUCAGAUUACGAACCCGUCGUCGGCUGGUCGGCCGCCGCUGUCCAAGAGGAAGUGCAGUUCGAUGGACGAUGCGGUCGCCAAGUGCGGUGCCUCCUCAGGGCGAUGCCAUUGUUCUAAGAAAAGGAAAUUGAAGGUGAAGAGAGUGGUGAGAGUGCCGGCAAUAAGUGUGAAGUUGGCCGACAUACCACCGGAUGAUUACUCCUGGAGAAAGUAUGGUCAAAAGCCCAUCAAAGGUUCCCCACAUCCAAGGGGUUAUUACAAGUGUAGCAGCGUAAGAGGUUGCCCGGCACGGAAACACGUGGAGAGAGCAUUAGACGAUUCAACGAUGCUGAUCGUCACAUACGAAGGCGAGCACAACCACUCUCACACUGCCACGGAGGCUACCCCAGCUAUCGUACUCGAGUCUUCUUAAAUUUCUUCAUCAUCACAUCAUCCAACGGCCUAAAACAAAAUUCAAAAAGAAAAGUGGGAACCAACCUAAUCACAGCCGUCAGUGGCAGAGAAAAAGACAAGGUGAGAUGAUUAUGCAGCAGGUGGAGCCAAUGGUCAACGCUGAGGCCUGGUACGCCAGCUGGCUAGACAAAUCACUAGACGGGUCGGGUCUUUUUUCUUUCUUUUUUUUUCAUCCUUACCCGUUUUGAAAACUUAUUUAAAUUCUGUAUGCAAAUAGAGAAAACAAGUUUGAUUUGAAGAGAACAUGUUAGUGAGAGUGAUUUUGAAAUUGUUGGUGCUGUGACUUUUUUCU